UUCAUUAUCAAUUUAUUAUUAUUUUAUAUAAAGAAAUAAAAAUAAAGCCUUUACUUCAAUAGUCCAACUCCAGUUACACUCAUACUGUCAAGUUGCUGAGUAACUCAAACCUUAUAAAACCGAAUUUAGUGGCCACCAUACUAUAUAUAGAAACAACAACCUGCUAAUUAACCCACAUGUAUAAGGCUAUGGCCAUUUCAUACAAUAAUAAUGCAUUUAUAGUAAAUUGUGGUAUUCAGAAAGGAUCUCGUCACUAUAACAAUAUUCCACUCUUCUCUAUUUUCAAGUCAAACACGAGACCAACUCUACCCGAAGUCUCCUUGCAAAUAGAUAUUCCCAAAACUAUGAAAAAUACUGUGGCUAAAUUGAUCGACGUUUUUGUGGAUUCAUUCUUUGAAUUCAUUGACAAGCCAUUGCUUCCAUCUAAGAGUAACUUUGCUCCUGUGGAAGAGUUGGAGGAAGCCAUAGUUGUGACUUGCAUCCAUGGACGAAUUCCGAAUGAUUUUCCAGAGGGUGUCUACAUUAGAAAUGGACCAAAUCCACUUUUUGGAGGAUUGAAAUCAACAAAUUCUAUCUUUGGUAGGUCAAGUCAUAUUUGGGUGGAAGGAGAAGGAAUGCUACAUGCAUUGUAUUUUAAAAAAUCAAAUCAUGGUAGCUGGACAGUCCUCUAUAACAACAAGCACGUUGAAACCGAAACAUACAAGCUUGAAAAACAAAGAAACAAACCGUUGUUUUUGCCAGCCAUAGAAGGCAAUUCACUUGCCAUUUUGUCUGCUUAUCUCUUCAACUGGUUGAGAUCGGGCAAAGUAAACAAAUACAUUAGCAACACCAAUGUGUUUGAGCAUUCAGGAAAGUUUUACUCAGUUGCUGAAAGUCACAUGCCACAAGAGAUUGAUAUUUUUUCCUUGAAAACUUUAAACAAUUGGGAACUCAGCGCAGCAUGGAAUCGACCUUUUACCAGCCAUCCAAAGAAAGCUCCAAUUACAGGGGAGCUAGUUACAUUAGGUGUGGAACCAAUUAAACCUUUUGCCGUGGUUGGAAUUAUUUCUGCCGAUGGAAAGAAAUUGGUUCAUAAAGUUGAUAUCAAACUAAACAGGUGUAGUCUUUGCCAUGACAUAGGUGUUACACAAAGGUACAAUGUGAUCAUGGAUUUUCCACUAACCAUUGAUCUAAACAGACUUCUAAGAGGAGGCCAAUUAAUAAAGUAUGAUAGGAAAGAAUAUGCAAGGAUUGGGGUAAUGCCACGCUAUGGCAAUGCUAACUCAAUCAAAUGGUUUGAGGUGGAACCCAAUUGCACAUUUCACAUUAUCAAUUCUUUUGAGGAUGGAGAUGAGGUUGUAGUGAGAGGCUGCAGAUCUCUUGAUUCUUUAAUUCCUGAACCUGAUCCGAGCUCGAAAGAAUUUGAGUGGUUAUCUCGUUGUCAUGAAUGGCGAUUGAAUAUGCUAACCGGAGAGGUUAAGGAGAAAGAUCUUUGUGGUAACAAACUUGUUUAUAUGGAUUUUCCUAUGAUCAAUGAAAACUUUGUUGGUGUUAAGCAUAGAUAUGCAUACACACAAGUAGUUGAUCCUACAAGCUCUACCACUCAAGAUGUGCCAAAAUAUAGAGGUAUAGCUAAGCUAUACUUAGAAGAAACAUGUGCUGAAUUCUCUAUGUCAAAGAGAGAAAAAGAAGAACCUAUAAGGAUGGAAUACCAUAUGUUUGAGAAGAAUACAUUUUGCAAUGGGGCAGCGUUUGUGCCUAGAGAUGGAGGUGUCGAAGAAGAUGAUGGUUUGAUCAUUACUUUUGUUCACAAUGAAGAUACUAACACAUCUCAAGUUCAUAUAAUCGAUACAAAGAAUUUUUCUGGCGAGACGGUUGCCAAAAUUGAAAUUCCUUUCAGAGUUCCAUAUGGGUUUCAUGGAGCCUUCAUGCCAAUCUCAUUCCAGGAUUCUUAUUAAAUGCAUUUGUUUAUAUAUCAACAUAUAUGCCUUAAAACCUGAGAUCAUAUUACUAAAUUUUGAAAAUGCAGCAACUGUGUUAGUAGAGUAACUAAAUAAACUUCAUUCAUCCUUUUGUUCAUGGAUUUUAAGAUUCAUAGUGUUUCUCUUUGUAUGUUGUUAUGGAUUAAUAACAAUAAUUGCAAGUGAUGAGAAUAACCAUAACCGUUGAUA